AUGGAAGAGCCUAUGAAAGAAAACAAUAAUAGUUUGGAGCGAUCAAAAGAAGACUUGAAACCUAAAUUUUUUAUGGAGUUUGAUUCUGAGAUUGAUGCAUAUGACUUUUAUAACAAAUAUGCACGUAGUGAAGGCUUUAGCAUUAGAAGAACUGCUUAUGCUGCAGAUAAACAAGGUGUACUCACUUCAAGAAUAUUUAUUUGUUGUAAGGAAGGUUUGCGGAAGGCGGAUAAGAGAGACAAUUUGAUGAGAAAUCCAAGAGGAGAGACAAGGACUAAUUAUGGAGUGAUUAUGGGGAUAAAGUUGGUUAGGCGUACUAGCAAGUAUUCUAUUUAUCGUUUCUCUAAAGAGCAUAACCAUCCUCUUAUCAGCCAAGAAUCUGUCCAUUUAAUGCCAUCUCAUCGAAAAAUCACAUCAUCAGAUGAAGCCUUUUUAGACUUGACAGCAAAUUCUAGUCUUUCGCCGAAGUCUGCAUUUGAAUUAAUGGGUCAGCAAGUAGGUGGUAGAGAGUCACUAGGAUUUACAAAGGUAGACCAAAAGAAUUACCUUCGAGCUGUCCGACAAAAAAAAAAUUUGGAGAAGCUGGUUAUCUGA